UUCUUGAUCGACCUCGACCUUGGGAUCAAAGAAACACGGAGGGAGGCUUCCGGUGCCAGAGGCAAAACUGGCACGAGGGCUCUCAUGGCCAUCGGGGCCCUCCUUGGCGAGCAGCAUUCAUUUAUGCAUGACCUCGAGUCAAUAUUAUGGGUGCUUUUCAGGACCUGUAUUCACUAUAAUGGACUAAAUCAGAAAAGGGUUAUUCCACAAUUCGAUAAGUAG